AUGAUAGGUUAUACGAGAAGAAAUUCAACAAUUCUUCUUAAUAGGACGAGAAGAUUAACUUUCAACAAAUUAAAUUCAACUUCAACCAAAAGUUCAUCAUUUAAAACUGCCGUUCAAACAGCUGAAAAAUUAGUUCAACCACCAAAUAGUUCAUUAUUCAAUGAUCCUUUUUCCAUAGUUAGUCAUGAAAUGUCAACAUUGGCUAAAUCUAUUGCUAAUUUGAUAGGUAGUGGCCAUCCAGUUUUAAAUAGAGUAUCAUCAUAUUAUUUUGAAGCUGAGGGUAAAAAUGUCAGACCUUUAAUUGUUUUAUUAUUAUCCAAAGCAUUACUGAAUAUACCUAUUGAACAAAGAAAUAGAAUUGAAAUUGAUUUUGAAGAUGUUACCACCCAAAAACCAUUUGAUGGAACUCCUUCAUUAACAUCUAUUGCUGGGAAGUCAGUCAAUGAUUCAAUAAGUCCAUUAAAUAUCUUAUAUGGAAUUAAUCCUAAAGUUAUACUAGACCCAUUAUCUAAACCAAUGGACAAAUUACCAGAAUUUGAUGCUGUUAAUGGAAUCUUACCUAAACAAAGAAGAUUAGCUGAAAUUGUUGAAAUGAUUCAUACUGCUAGUUUAUUACAUGAUGAUGUUAUCGAUUCAUCAGAUUCAAGAAGAGGAAGACCAAGUGGGAAUAUCGCUUUUACUAAUAAAAUGGCUAUUUUAGCUGGUGAUUUCUUAUUAGGAAGAGCUUCAGUUGCUAUUGCAAGAUUAAGAAAUCCUGAAGUAAUUGAAUUAUUGUCAACAACUAUUGCUAACUUAGUUGAAGGAGAAUUCAUGCAAUUGAAAAACACCGUAGUUGAUCAAAGUUCUGAAGAUUCUAUCAAUGAUGGCGGUGAAGAUAAAAUCAUCCCAACUCCAAGUGGAAGAGUCCCCACUAAGACUCAUGAAUAUACUGUGAACAAGCCAAUAGAAAUUGAUCAUGAAACAACUGUCAAUGCUGCAUUUGAAUAUUAUCUUCAUAAAACUUACUUAAAAACUGCAUCAUUAAUGUCAAAAUCUUCAAGAGCUGCAGCUGUUUUAAGUGGAAGUCAAAAUGAAAUCAUUGAAAAUUGUUAUGAAUUCGGAAGAAAUUUGGGUUUAUGUUUCCAAAUAGUUGACGAUUUAUUAGAUUACACUUCAAGUGAAGCAUCAUUCGGUAAACCAAGUCAAGCAGAUUUAAAAUUAGGGUUGGCUACAGCUCCUAUUUUAUAUGCUUGGAUGGAAAGACCAGAAAUUGGUGAUUUAAUAGCAAGAAAAUUCGAAAACCCAGGUGAUGUAGAAUUAGCUAGAAAACAUGUUGAUGAAUGUAACGGUUUACAAAAGACAAAAGAUUUAGCAAUGGAUUAUUGCAAUAAAGCAUUAGAAAAUUUAAGAGUAUUACCAGAGUCUGAUUCCAGAAGUGCUUUGGAAUUCUUAACUAACUCCAUCAUAACUAGAACUAAAUAG